AUGACGGCCGUGGAUGUGGACAAGAAGAGCAAAAAGAAAAAGCUUAAAGCCCCUGAAGCCGAGGAAAAGGACCUUAUCGCACCAGAAAGUUACACACCUGCUUUAGACACGAGCAAGUGGCCGUUAUUGCUUAAGAAUUACAAUCAGCUUAACGUACGAACUGGACACUACACACCCAUCCCCUGUAGCUCGUCGCCCUUGAAGCGUAAUCUCCACGACUAUGUGCGCUAUGGUGUCAUCAAUCUAGACAAACCUGCCAAUCCCUCAUCUCACGAGGUUGUGGCUUGGAUUCGUCGCAUAUUGCGGGUAGACAAGACUGGUCACUCGGGUACUCUCGAUCCUAAGGUUACAGGCUGCCUCAUUGUAUGCGUCGACCGCGCCACGCGUCUAGUGAAGGCUCAGCAAGGUGCUGGUAAGGAAUAUGUAGCAGUCGUACGCUUACACAGUGCCAUCGAAAGCCAGAUGAAGCUUGCACGCGCUAUUGAGACGCUGACAGGCGCGCUGUUUCAGCGUCCACCGCUAAUUUCUGCAGUGAAGCGCCAGCUUCGUAUUCGUACGAUAUACGAGUCGAAACUCAUCGAGUACGAUGAAGAUCGUCACCUUGGUGUUUUUCACGUGAGUUGUGAAGCUGGUACUUAUAUUCGAACGUUGUGUGUGCAUUUGGGCUUGGUUCUUGGUGUGGGUGGACAUAUGCAAGAGCUACGACGCGUACGCUCGGGUGUUCUUGGUGAGAACGAUUCCAUGGUGACAAUGCAUGAUGUUUUGGACGCACAGUUCCAAUACGACACAUAUAAAGACGAGUCAUAUCUCCGUCGUAUUGUGCGGCCACUUGAAGUGCUGCUGACCACAUACAAGCGCAUUGUUGUGAAGGAUAGCUCGGUGAAUGCUAUUUGUUAUGGAGCCAAAUUUAUGGUUCCUGGUCUCUUGCGGUUUGCUGACGACAUUGACGUCGGUGAAGAAGUCGUUUUGAUGACGACAAAGGGUGAAGCGAUUGCUGUUGCCAUUGCUCAAAUGACGACAGCUGUGAUGGCGACUUGUGAUCAUGGAGUUGUGGCCAAGAUUAAGCGUGUCAUUAUGGAGAGAGACACAUAUCCACGUCGAUGGGGCUUGGGGCCAAUGGCGCAAAAGGUGAAAGGACUCGUGAAAGAGGGAAAAAUUGGCAAGUAUGGAAAAGUUAACGAGAAUACGCCGACGGAAGUUUCGGAUUUGUAUAGCAAGGAUGACAAACAAACUCUUAUCACGGAAGUGAAAGAAGAGGUGAAUGAGGAAGAACCCACAAAAAAGAAGCUCAAGAAGGAGAAAAAGGAAAAAAAGGAAAAAAAGGCAAAGAAGAAGUCCAAGCGGGAUCUCGAAGAUGCUGAAGUUGCGCAGACCGGACAAUCUCCAGAAAAGAAGAAAUCUAAGAAGAAAAAAAAAUCGAAGGAGACGAGCAAUUCAGAUUAG